AUGAGUCAAAGAAAAAAAUGGUCUACAGACUACAAAUGUAGGCUAAUCAAUAGAUUUCGAAAAUUAAAAACUUACCAAACUGGGACUGGUGGAGGACCAGCCACAGCAGACCAACUAUCUCCCUUAGAGGACCGCUUGGUUUCUCUUUUGGAGGCUAGAAGGGAAGCUGUUGGCCUUGACGGUACUCCCCAGUCUGAAGUACAGAUAAACCCAGUACCACUUGAAUGUCAACUCUCUUUGGAACUCUCCCAAGUGACAACAGACCAAUUGCAUGAUGACCAUCAUAUAUCAAACAUGGUUAUCUGUGAAGAGCAAGUUAAUAAUGAAGGAAGUCAAGAGGAACCAAACCAAGCGCCAAGUCUUCCUAGGUCUCGCCGUAAUUCUGGGAUCCAUCGUAAGCGUACUCGUCACAAUCGAGGUACAAAAUCAGUACAAGGUGUUAGCACAGUACUGUGUUCUCAAAUAAAUUAA